AUGAUUGAUGGGCUGGCCAUGGAAGUAGGUGAUGGAAGAUCCACCAGAUUUUGGGAGGAUACUUGGUUACAAACGGGAAAGCUUAAAGACUCCUUUCCGAGACUAUUCUUGAUUUCAAACCAAAGAAGAUCGGUAAUUGGGGAUUGUGGGUUUUGGGAUGGGAUAGAGUGGGUGUGGCACUUACAGUGGAGAAGAGAAUUGAGACAAUGGGAGACUGAUACACUGAACCAACUGCUUAAUGUCUUGCAAUCUGUUAGACUGAUAGCGGACAUACAAGACAGAGUGGUGUGGAAAUUUGAUAAGGAAUGUGUUUAUUCAACUAAUUCAUUUGUUCAAGUUUUGCAGGAAGAGACUUUGGAUGAGGAGUUUCUGCAGUUCAAGUUCACCAAGGAGGUGUGGUGUGCUUGGAUAUCGGCGUUUGGACAGACAUGGAUUGUUCCUAGUACGUUGAAGGAGCAUUUUGAAAGUUGGAGAUCCGUGCCAAUGAGAAAAGAGAGGCGCAAAAAUUGGCUAAUUGGGUUCUUUUCAGUUAUAUGGAUUAUCUGGUUACGCAGGAACGAUGCCAUAUUUCAGAGUAAGACAACAGGGGUUGGUGACUGUGUAGAGCAAUCAUUCUCAUGUGCUAAGGAAUGGUGCUUUUUAGAAAAGCUAAGAAUCAGUAUACUUGGAAAGAGUUUGCUGCUAUUCCACCUUCAACGGCGUGCUGAUACUUCUCCUUCAACCGCUUAUGCUUAUUCUUGCAGUGUUUCGCAGUUAGGGUACACCCAGGGAGGAAGGCCUCCAACAUCUUCAGAGCUAGUUUCUCAAAUGUUCCGGGUUUAA